AUGUACUUCAGACCCAAUAUCAUGGUUGCUCGGAUCAAACGUUUGAAACGUUUGCAUUUUUGUCUUUUUAUCAUCUUUUUGACGUUGAGUUUCAUCACGCUUGUCUUGAUUAACAUUCGAAGUUCAAAUGGUACAGCUUUAUCAGAUCAAGACCGGUCUCCUUGGAAUCAGAUAGCUACCGUGAUAAAAACGGGUGAUUUUAUUGCUGCUACACGAAUCAAUACUGAGCAAGCUUCAACGGAGGUUACCGCUUGCGUUGUAGACCCUGCUUUGAUUGAGUGCGAUGGUAAUGGAUUCUCUGCAUUACUUUUGUAUACGCUGGAUCACAUCUUCACAUGCCAAGCCCUAGGAAGCGACACGCCUAUCGUAUAUUGGCGGAAUUGCAACUCAGGAUGCUCAAAAAACCCAAGUGUGAAUUCUUGGAAAUGGUACUUUGAGCCAAUAAAUCAAGGUUUUGAAUUUAAAGCGAAAAAAGUAAUAUGUCCGCUUGGUGGGUACUUUGAGUUAACUGUACUACGACCAGACAUAUGGCCAGUUUUAGACAGUAGCUUUAGAGACCGCUCAAAUGUUGUUGGUUAUCAAAACAGUACUAUCAUAACUCCAAAGGAAAGGAGAAGAGUAAACCGGUGGUUAAAUCGGUUUGUUAGACCCAAUGCUAGAAUCAAGCAAAAGGUCAACAGUUUCUUCAGUAGGUAUCUAGUGGGAAACACUCUCUUAGGAGUGCAAGUACGAGCUACCGACCACUGGCUGGAGAGACGCGAGGGAAAAUUACCUACAAUAUCAGACUGGAUAAAUAAAGCAGCUUCAAUUUUCGACAAACUUUCAGAGCCCCGGAAAAUAUACAUUGCUAGUGACAAUACAGAGGUCAUCGAUCAUUUUGUAAGGUUUUUUGGACAAAAGAAGGUAAGAUGACUGUAAGAUUAAUGUUUCUGAUCAUUCGUUCUUAACAUGUAAGAAACACUCGUUCAAGUAACUACUGUGCACCUCCAAAAAUAUUUCAAGACUUUGAAUAUAUCCUUGGAAACGGAAAAAGUGAUCUAUUUACCUUUAAAAAUUUAACUUAACAAUAGAAGACAACUGUUUUAACGAUGUUCAAAAAUGAGCAGCUGUAGUAGUACUGGCUGGGUGAAUCAUUGCGUUUCCAGUUCUUCUCAUUAGUGAUGGGCACUUUUAUUUUAUCAGUUGUAACUGAUAAUAAAACAGAAGCCAGUAGGUUUGAGGUUCUUUGACACUUUCCAUCAAUUACAUUAACAGCCACAUUAGCAUUUCAAGACGUUCUUCACGGUAAUCAUGCCGAAAAAAUUAAUCAUUCUCUUGUACUGUAAAAAGGUUUUAUUCAUCGAGGCUACAAGAGCCAAAAGUUACCAUGGUGAACCUCCACACGUCCUCCAAGUCCAGCGCAACCCAGAUCAAUUUCAUAAGGCUCUCGGGACGCAGGUGCUUAUGGAUAUUUUACUCUUGGCAAAAUGUGAUCAUUUCUUACACAUUGAAUCCAGUGUCGCAGCCCUGGCAAGUUACUUUAACCCUGUCAUGAAAAGUCACUUUCUGGAUGAUACACCCGAAAAGGUAGGGACUUAUCAGGUCUGUGACGUAUGUUUAUUAUAGGGUUCGUACAGAGUUUUGAACUCUUGAAAAAGUCUUGAAAAUUGCCCAACAAUUUUUCGGACCUGAAAAGUCUGGAAAAUGGAGAUUAAGUUUGGAAAAAUGGUAAAAAGUAUUGAGUUUUUUCAAAGCUACAAGUAAUUUAGAGGUGAUAUGUUUUCGUUUUGGUCAAAUCUUAUUCAAUCUCGCCCGUUUGUUUGCAGCGCAUCAUGAAAAGAGCUUUGUUUCUGCGUUUUUUAAGGUCUCCUAUUUGAUAACCUUGGGUCUGGAAAAAGAAAUUAUUGUUUUGAUAAAGGCUGGAAAAAGUCUUGAAUUUUGGAUCCUAAAAUCUGUACGAACCCUGUUAUUAACACAUCACUUUUCUUUUCGAAUUUCGAAUUUUCAUUAUCCCUUUGCGUAUCUGCAGUGCAAAUAGUGGUCGAAUUUAUAGCCUGGAGAGCAACAAAAAUUAAAUUUGGGUGAAAAUUUCUCGAGGUUUCGGACUUAUUGUAGUGCUGAAUUGAUUCCUCUGUACAAUUGUUUAUGUGCGGGCGAAAGUAUAAUGCUGUUAACCGUUAGAAUACAUAGGUUAAGGUGACUCUCCUUUGUUUCCUUUAUUGUUUUAAAAGUCUUAACGUUUGUUUUUGAAGAGAAGCCCAACCCACCCCGCCCACCCACCCCACCCCCCUUUAGGCUUGUUUAGGAUUAGAUAUCAAGUGAACAUAUGUAUACUCUAAGGUACUAUUAGACAACACGGCUACCAACAACAUUAACAAUGAUGAUUUGUCCCAGUUUUUGAACAAUUUUCAUUCAUAAUAAAUGAACAUGAAUGGUGUGAUGGUCUUUUGUUGAAUUUCCGUAUGAACUGCGCAGUGUCACACACGUACUUUUAGGUUGUGCCUAUAUAUUGUCCAGUGCUUUUGCAAACGUAAUCUAAAUAAAUGCUUUGCUUGCUCUUCAGCCUCAAGACUCACACUUAAAGCCACAAAUGGAAAGAGAAAAUCCAGAUGCCGAAGAGUUUGAAGAAAACCCAGAAGUUGCAAAGGGCAUGAAAAUGUGUUUUGACAAGAACAGCCCGUUUAGUGCUUGUCCAAACAUUGCGAAGGGAAUUUUUAUUAAUAAAGCUAUGGCCAAUAAUUUUGUUUCUAAUGCUUAG